UGCUCUAGUGGUCUACUCAAAUUUUCCUCUCUAAAAAAUUAAAUUCAUAUAUCAGGGUUCAGGAUUCAGGGUUCGCAAAUCACAACACGAUUAAUAAUUAAAUUUGAAUCGACAAUUUACACGACACAAUAAAAUACAAUACGAUAUGCACAUGAGCUUGGGACUUUUCUCAGCUGCUCGUUCGCAAAUCACAGCCCAAGUCCAUCUUUAGGAGAACUUUGAUUAGAGUACAGCCAGGCAAAUUUUCCUGAAUUUCGCUCCAUUAUUUGUCUAUGCCUCUUCUCUUGCAAUUGGCAAUGGCAAAAAAAACACCAAAAUAUAAAAAAGCAAUGAAGAAAUAUGACAAUAGGCUACAUGGGGUCCACAUCAAUCCCUCUUUUUCUCUCCUCAAUCACCCAAUAUGAUGUCCUCCACUUGUACAUUUCAGAGUUCAAACAAAAAUUUCCGCUAAUUCUUCCAAUUUCAGCUGCCAAUGUUUGUACCCUUUUCAAUUUUAGGGUUCUUGUGAAAUGGUGGGAAAGAACUAAUUAGGGUUUUUAUUUGAUGUAACUUCCUUGUUUUGCAGAAAAUUUGAAAACCCACUUCAGAAAAUUAGCACUAAUAAGUAAUGGCAAAAGGGUUUUUUCGCUUCCAUCUAAUUUUGUUCUGUGGAUUACUGCUUGUUGCUGAAGUUUGCUCCAAGAAAGCUCAUGGCAAUUCAGCCAAAGAAAUUGUUGACAUCAUCAACAAGAACCGUACUGCCAUAAAACUGCCUCCGUUGUAUGACAGCGCUGGGCUGGGGUGCAUGGCCUUGCAAUACGCAGAGGAGUGCAAGGGGAACUGUACGAGCAGCAAUACUGUGAGCUGUCGACCCUUGGAAGAUGAUUUCACAGAAGUCUAUGCUCCUGAUUGUGGAGUGGAACUACCUACUUUUGGCACUAUAUCUGGUAAACUUGUGGGGUGCUGGUCUAAGCACCUUGUGCCAUCAGACGCUUUCUCACAGGUUCUUGUUCAUGACAAAAAGUCUUUGUCUCUCCUUACAAACAAAACACACACUGAGGUGGGAGUUGGUGUGGCUUCAACCCAUAAGGGACAUUUCUUCUGGUGUGUGUUGUUUAGUAGUGAUCAGACUAAUUCAAGUUUCAUUCUCGAAGACCAUGGACAGGGUAUCAAACAGAAGCAAGGGUGCUUUAGCGGAACCAAUACAACUUGCAAUGAAGGAUCUAGUAUACAAGGUGGCAUAUUUUUCUGCAGUUUGUCUGGUAUUUUCACCUCAAUUUUCUUGCUGUUGAUCUGUAACAAUGUGGAUAUUUUGUUUUGUCUAUGAAGAUUUUUGACCUUACUAUUUAAAUGAAGAGUUUCUUGGAGUUAGAAGCAACUUUCCAGUUAUUACAAGUAUAAUUGAAUCUGGUUUCGUGUUCUCA